GCCGACAGUUGACAAGAGAGGAGUCAGCUCCCCCACGCGAGGAAGUGAGGAGUUCAACCAAUUAUUUACCAGAGUAGUAACAGUCACACCAUGGACCGUGCUGUGGUCUUCCUUGUCAUCUGCUGCCUAACUCUGUCAACUGGUCUUGUGGAUGGGCAGAGUCUGGAAGUCGAGCCAAUAUGGCUGACAGUUUCAUCUCUGUACCGGACACCAAUCCACGGAGCCGCCCUUAUAGACCGGGAGAUCCAGCUCAACUGGCAGGAUGGGGUGGAGGAGGUGGCUCUGUUUACUUCAGACCCCACUCUCAACCAAACACCAGUUGUGCGUAUCAGAACGGAAGAUUACCCAGACGGCUCAUACCAGAGCUAUUAUAGCCUAGCAAGACCGACACUGGUGGGCGGCUGGGAGCUGGAUCAUCCGGGACCCCAGGAGUCUGGAGACCACUGCCUCAACUUCUGGAUCGGCUCCUAUCGUAAUGAUACACUGGAGCAAGUUGAGUGCCUCAAGAUCAGACCUACCUGGAUGUCUGAUAACAAGUUGUCUAUUGGAGGUUUAUCACUGACAUCCCUGGUGUGGCCUGGUACCCACAAUUCUGGCUGCUACAGACGAGGUGACACUCUCAGCCUGCGUGACACUCUCGCUCGCUUUGUUCUCACUCAGGACCAGGAUGUGUGGAGUCAGCUAGUGUAUGGAGUUCGUUACAUAGACGUGCGUGUUGGCUUCUAUCCAGUCAAGCGGUGGAACACUUCAGAACAGAUCAGUCAUGACAACAGUUUUUGGAUAAACCACGAUCUUAUAAAGGUGCGACCACUAGUGCCUGUACUACGUGAGAUAAGGCAGUUCCUAGAAAAGGCUGAAGGGGAGAUUGUGGUGCUGGACCUGCACCGGUUCCCCGUGGGAUUCUCAGGCCGCCAUGCUCGCCACAAUCGGCUGGUGGAACUGUUGGAAAGGGAGCUACGGGAAGUGGCUGUUGAGUACUGUGGAGAAUGGCCCACUCUAGACAAGUUGUGGCAGCAAAGUCCCAAGGGCCGUCUCAUCAUAGCCUAUGGUGACAACGAAGUUGUCAAGAAACACUCUUGGCUAUGGCCUCCUGUUCGACAGCAGUGGGGAAACCAGCAAUCAGUGGAAGGUUUAGAGGAGUUUCUGGAGAAUUGUAUGAAUGACACAGAAUUGCGAGAGCCACAGCGAGGGUUGUGGGCGGCCAUGGCACAGCUGACUCCGGGCCAGCUGGAACUGCUGUUCAACCGCAAGGCGAGUCUUCGCACGAUGGCACACUCCGUCAACAGUCAGCUGACCGGCUGGCUACGGGACCGCUGGUGGCAGCAGGCCAACAUCGUCACCAGCGACUUCUUCCUGGGGAACAACGUCGUGGACGUCGCCAUUGCUGCCAACGUCGAGAAGGGCAACGCCUUAAAGAGAUACGAGCUCAUGUGAUCCGAUCUGAACAGAGCACCGGGUGUCUGAUCGAGUACAUACUUGUAACGUGAUAAAGUAUUUGUACAUACGGCGAUAUGGAUUGUAUAUGGACCGAUAGAACUAACGUUUAUCUUAAAAGAUCAGUUUUGAAACACGACAAUUUAAUUCCUUUAUCUUUGGUCAUAUAAUGCUGUAAAAUGUAUAAGGCCAUGGCUCUUUCAACCACAUAAGAUUUUUUUACAAUUUUUAUAUAUUUUGAAAUAACAAAGUGUUUCAAAUAACUUAUAAAGAAAUAUUUAACCAAUAAUAACAUUGAUAAGAUUAAAACAUGUUUGGUUGCGUAUAAACCAGACUUCAAAAGUAAGACAUUUCUCGAUGUUCUGUGCCCGACUUUAACUGCUGUUUCAAUAAUUACAUCCAUAACGGCCAAAUGGUUGAUGAAUAUUCAGCUCUUAAUAUAUUGGUUAUCUUUUAAGUUCAUCUAAAAUAUAUAGUAAAUGGGCACACCUGAUAACAUGGAAUGGCCUGUAAAAAUCUAUAACAGAGCUAGAUAGGAACUUUGAGGGUUGAUCCAUUCUAACCAAAGUGUUAACCCCGGUCCUUAAUAUAUGGUAAUAAUUUAAAUAAUUGAGUAGAGCAAUAAUGUAAUAGUUAUUUAGAAAUAAAAUUUUGUUUUGCACUAUACUACAUUGCUACCAGGCUGUGUUAUAUGUCUGUAUUUUCUAUCAUAUUAUGAAACUAUAAUCAUUAUCUAUACUACCCUCUCAUUUCCUUUUUAUCCUUUUUAUGGAUACAUAUUUCGCACAUAAGGCUGUGGAAAGCAAUUUGAUGGAAGGGGGGGAGGGUGUUGUUCAAACUUGAAGUGUUCAAUUGUGUUAAGGCAAAUAUUUCAUAGCUAACCAACAACCUAGAGUUUUCUUUGGCUGUGGCUUUCUGCAUGAUAUAAUGAUGUGUUUAGAGAUAGUUUGUAGGAAAAAGAAGUAAAAAAAAACGUAUUAAACAAGUUACAUUUUAUGAGAGAAAGAUAGUAAACACAUAGUUUGAAUGAUUUUAUGAUAAUUUUCUCUGAAGUUAUGUCUACAGAAUUAAUUAGUUAACUUUAAAAUAAAGCUCAAUUUAUGUUUCAAUAUAUUAUUUUGUGUAGAGAGCAAAUAUAAAUGGUUAUGGUCAAAGUUUUGUAUUACUACUCUAACAAACAGUGCGCAACACAAUACGUUUGCAUCAAGGAUGCUUUUUCCAAAUCCUUUUAUACGUAUUGUAUUUUCAAACUGUACAUGUGUAUCAAAACUGUUGUAAAUAUAUCACUUUAAUUGUUUUACUA